CAAAAUAAAACUAAUUUUUCCUUCAAGUUUUGUUAGUUGGCAGUUGCUCGCACGUUAUUACAAUUCACACCUCUUCUCAUUACUUAUAUAUCAGCCCAAGCACCCAAAAAGGAACACACAAAACUUGCCGUUUGUGUCACAAAACAGAAGUAGAAGAAGAAAAAGAAAUAUUUAAAAGGGCUCUCCAUUUUUCUGCAGAUUUAAUCGAGAGCUCAUCUAUCCUAUCCAUCAUCCCAACAGAUGAUUAGAAGCAAAACUAAAGGCUCUGUUUGGAGGAGAAAAGUGCCAAUGGACGAUCAGGACAAGAUCGGUCAAAAGACGGCAAAGAUGUCCAAGAGGAUAACGAUGGAUAAUAGUGGAAAGAAAGGGGAAAAGUAUCAACUUUUAUCCUACCAUCAACUGCCGGAUUAUAUGAAGGAUAAUGAGUACAUAUUGCAUUAUUACAGGGCUAACUGGCCUAUAAAACAAGCUCUCUUCAGCUUGUUUAGUUGGCAUAAUGAGACACUAAAUGUCUGGACGCAUUUGCUUGGGUUUUUGUUGUUUGUGGGACUAACAGUAUCUAAUCUAGUGGACAUGCCUCAAAUGGCUGAAUUUAUCACCAUGAUUACUGAACAAUAUCCAGAAUCCGAUAUGAUCUUCAACAACUUAUCAUCAUCAUCCUUGGUGAGUAGUACCAAUAACACAUCAUUGUCAGCUGGUCGGUCAACCAAAUAUGCAGAAUAUAUCCAGGAUUCAACAGGCGAACGCUGGCCACUGGUAGUGUUCCUAUGCGGCGCAAUGUUAUGCCUCCUCUGGAGCAGCAGCUGCCACCUGUUCUCGUGCCACUCCAAGCGCCUCAACACCCAGUUGCUCCACCUCGACUACGUAGGCAUAACCGUGAUGAUAAUCACCUCCUUCUUCCCCCCAAUCUACUACGUCUUCGAGUGCCAGCCCAAGUGGCAGCUUAUCUACCUCGGCUGCAUCACUGCCAUGGGCGCCUGCACCGUAAUAGCCCUCCUCUCCCCGGCCCUCUCUUCUGGAAAACACCGAACCCUUCGAGCCCUCCUCUUCGUGUCCAUGGGGCUGUUCGGAGUGGUCCCCGCAGCACAUGCGCUGGUCAUCAACUGGGACCACCCGCAUCGCAACAUUACCUUAGCCUACGAGGGGGCCAUGGCCUUGUCCUACCUGCUCGGGACAACUUUCUAUGUCGGCCGUUUUCCCGAGAGGUGGCGCCCAGGCUGGUUCGAUUUAGCCGGGCACAGCCACCAGAUCUUUCACGUGUUUGUGGUGUUGGGGGCGCUCGCGCACUAUGGGGCCGCGCGCAUUUUCCUCAUCUACCGCCCCGGGAUUGGGAUUGCGUGUGGACAACCCAUUAAUCUUUGAUUUUCUUUCAUACUUAUUAUUCAUUAUUAAUUCUGUAAUGUGCCACACUUAUUAUUUAUUAUUCAUUUAUAUAUAUUAUGCUCAUUCUAAAUGCAUGCAAUUUGUUUCUUUUAAGUUGUAUAUAUAUAUAGUGCAUCAGAUACUUGUUUCAUACUUUUGAAUUUUUAGUGCAUAUACCUCUCUCUCUCUUCGAUUUACAAUUAUAGUGUG